AGAGAAACGUCGAGAGCCGACAGGCGAUAUGAUCAAUACUUCACAAGCUCAGUCAGAAGCCCUGUGCCAUCAGCUGAGUCGGUAUACCUCAUAACGGCCUGGACAGGACAGGUUAUAGUGCAUGCCUCGCGCUGUUCACUGUUGACACAUAGAGUAGUGACACGGCCGUGGGGAUGAAGGAUGUACCCGUGGGGGUGGAGACGACAUGCUGUCUGACUCCCAGGGCUAUCCCACUGUGAUAUAUCAACAUGACUAUCCCAUCAAUAUACAGUUCACUGACUCAAGCCAACCGCCUCUGAAAGAAGGAUGUGCCUAAAUACGGAAGCGCAGUUAAGGAUGAUGGAUGAUUUGAUUGGAUGAAAUUAUGCACGCGCUUGCCAAACUUCCACAGCGACUGAGGCCUAAGCGACAAGCAAGCAGAAGGCUCGUUGCCCCGGAAACUUCAAAACGAGGGUUCUCGUCCAAAUAUGGCGCUACCUCAAGUUCCAUUCCACUGCGCAUGUUCACUUGUACCGGAAAUGCGGAUAGGGAUGGACAGGAAGGGGAAGAAUAUUUUAAAGCGGACGAUUCAGAUGUUGUGUCGACGUCAUUUGACGAGGUUGUGGACUUUGUUCCUGAUACAUCCGGGUCAGUCAGCCAAAAAGUGUACCAACGUGCAUGCGCACGGCUGCAGCUCAUUCCGUCCAAACACGUAUACAGUCGCCUGGAACAGACGGAAAUCCUCCUUCCAAACUGUUUUCUAGGUCAUACAGAGGUCAAGGCUCUCGCUAUUGCUCUUGUGCAAAAUAACACCGUCCAUACGCUUGAUCUCCAUGGCAACGAGAUUGGAAUCGCUGGGCUGAAGUAUGUUGUUGAAAUGUUGCAAGAGAACAGAUCUAUUAUAGACCUGAAUCUAUCGUUCACUGCCUUAAGAGACGGUGGCGCAGAAAUUAUCGCCAACUCUCUUGUCCGAAACACGUCCAUUGUUAAGCUCAACAUAUCGGGUAACGAUUUCCAAGAGAAUGAUGCGUACUUCAUCAGUGAGAUGGUUCAGAAAUCCAAGACACUUCGGGAACUUAACCUCAGCCACAACUGUUUCCGGGAAAAUGGAGGAAUUUUCAUUGGCAAAGCCAUCGCUGUGAAUGGUUCUUUGAAGAGUCUGGACCUUAGCUGGAACCAUCUCCGUUUGAAAGGAGCGGUGGCAAUAUGUCAGGGACUACAGGCCAAUACAGGCCUAACCCGGCUCUUUCUGUCCUGGAAUGGGUUUGGAAUGGAGGGAAGUCAGGAGAUGUCUAAAGCUCUGGUCAAGAACAAGACCCUGGUGGAACUGGACCUCGAAGCCAACAGGAUCAACAUCUGUGCCUUCCGCCUUCUGCUCAACGGACUGCUAAAGAACAACACUCUCAAAGUCCUUAAGAUUGGAAUCAACCCGUUGACAACAGAGGGCGCUAUGAGUAUUCUCAAAGCAAUAUCUGAAGAUGACGCCACAGCCCUCAUUGACCUUGACCUUUCCGAGGUUGCUGUAGGAGAAGACUUCACCGAUCUCCUGGAUGAAGUCCAGACCAAGCGGCCACUCCGGGUCAAAUAUGGCGUAGCCAUGCGUCACGAGGACUUCAAGCGCAAUGGCAAAGCCGUCGUCCUUGACACUGAUGAUCCGUCCAGCAUCCUCUUCGACUACAUGCGCAGAAAGAACCUCCGUCUCAUAGACUUGCUGCAUAGUCUUGAUAAGGACAAGAGCUACACACUGGAUAGAGAGGAACUGAGAAACGGACUACUGAACGACGGCAUCCCCCUCAGCUCCCGCUCCAUGGACAUCAUGAUGGAGAAGCUGGACAGGAACACCGACGGCUUCGUCGACUACGAGGAGCUUGCUCUUGGCUUGAGGGACUACAUGCGGAAGAUUACAAAGCGGAAGAAGAAAGAAAGUCAGUCUGCGCCAAUCAAAAGCCAGAUCGAGCAUCUCAAGGAAGCUAUACGCAUGCGCAUUGAGAAUAGCAGGCAGCAGGACUCUUCAAGAGAAUGGAGGAUAUAACUGAUAACCUAUUCCGGAUCUGACCUAUAACCUUUGUUCUACGGUUGUGAAUGUGACAUUUACCAAAAGCGUUGCCGAAAAGCGGAAUAUAAAAUUGCGACAACAUCCUUUACACUUGAACUAACAAUGGCUUCAUACUGUACAAAUAUAUUUGUGGAAUAUUCAAUAUAUGUAUAUAUGCUGAUCAAUGCUAAAGGAUAUGUUUGUCGCAACACAUUUUACUGUGAUAUAUUCUAUAUAUUCCAAUACAAGGCUUCAAGUACACAAUAGGUAUUGUAUAUGUAAAAUAUGUAUUUUUCGCAUUAUUUCUAUAUGCAACCAAAUAUGUCGACAAUGGUGCGUCAGUUUUUGAUACACCAAUAUGCACAAUUUAAUAUAUCGGAGUGUGUAGCAUCUAGCCUAUCUACUGUCUAUAUGUACGCCAGAACACUCGGAGUUGUAUCAACAACAUAAAAUGUCAUCAAAACAUAUAGUUUUUCUUUAUAGUUGUGUUCAUGUCCAUUGGUUUCAUUAAUAACACAUUAUUCCAUAAUGAUAACUAAAAUAUUUUUAUUA